AUGUUGCUGUUUUUGGUGUUCCUAUUGAUCUAUGUGAGCAUCAUAAUAGGAAAUGGACUUAUCAUUUACAUUAUAACAACUGAUCUUACUCUUGAUACCCCAAUGUAUUUCUUUUUGAAGAGCCUGGCCUUUCUGGAGAUCUUCUACACCUCAGUCACCCUUCCAAAAAUACUGGUCAAUUUUGUGGCACAAAACAAGAGCAUCUCAUUUGUUGGCUGUGCUGCCCAGAUCUACUUCAUACUUUUCCUUGGAGGCACGGAGUGUUUUCUUCUGGCUGCCAUGGCUUAUGACCGAUACGUGGCCAUAUGCAACCCCUUGCAUUAUAAACUCAUUAUGCGCAAGGAACUCUGUUUAGGACUUGUUACAGGGUCAAUGACUGUCAACAUGCCUGUCCAUACAGGACAGAUAUACCUCCUUUUUACUUUGCCAUUUUGUGGUUCUCGUGAAAUUGACAACUUCUUCUGUGAUAUCCCACCCAUUCUGGAGCUGGCCUGUGCAGAUACCUUUAUUAGCGAAGUUUACAUGGUUGCGGCCUCUGCACUUAUCCUAAUCCUUCCCUUUUUCCUUAUCUUAGCUUCUUAUGUAAAAAUAAUCUCUGCAAUUUUAAAGAUGCCUUCAGUUGAAGGUCGGAAGAAAGCAUUUGCUACCUGCUCUUCGCACCUUAUUGUGGUAUCCCUCUUCUAUGGUUCAGCAACUAUUGUCUAUGUCAGUCCCAGGUCAAAAGAGACAUUGAUUAUGAGCAAGUUGAUUUCCUUGUUCUACACCAUUUUGAUUCCUAUGUUUAAUCCUAUCAUAUAUAGCCUUAGAAAUAGAGAAGUGAAGAAAUAG